AAGUGACUUCUAAUAUGUCCCUUAACGGUCAGUCCGCAAUUGAAGUGGAUAUUUAACCAUUCACAUGGAAUUCAUCACAACGUUUCUGCUGCGCAAGCUUUCCUAAUGCUUCGGUUGGAAGUCGCCCGGCUGGCAUCGGCCAAGGAUCCCCACUUCUUGCCGUCCCUCGCUAUCCGCCUCGCCGAAACCCGAACCGCCCGCUGUGCAUGACCCAAACAUUGGCGGCUCUUAGGGAAGACCGGCGAGGCGACGCGAUUUCGGGAAGAAAUCUGCCAUUGUUCAAAUCCGGAGGCAUGACAUGAGCGGGAUUCCCAAACCAAGGAAAGAGUUCCGAAUCGCUUCCUUCAAACCGCGCAGUUGAUCAAUCCAUGCAUUGCUCUUCAAGAGACCCGAGAACCCGUUGCCAUACCGCCCGAUGCCGACCCUUCAGCAACCGGUGAGCUUGAGGCUUGCUCACAGCGCAUGCAGCGCGUCAAUGCGCUCGCGGAUUUCCGUCUCAAAAACCACUCGUCUGGAUCCCCGGCGCCGACCAUUAUCGACGUCGGCCCUCCCGCUCUCACGCCCCGUCCCGCCGCCGCCGCCGCCUCGAUGGAUCGCCGACCUUCGCGCUCGAGUGGGCAAGUGCAUCACCUUCGGCUGCAACCGUGAGCAGAUCAAGCGGGCGGGAGCGGUGCUGGGCGCAUUGACGGCUGAAUGGAAGGAAUUGCUGGCGGGGAGCGAGGGGUUCCUGACGGGCGGGCGGCGCGGGCUCGACUCGAGGGAGAUUGCUUGGGGUGAGAUGGAUACCUUUGGGCACGUCAACAAUGUCAACUACUACCGCUUUGCCGAGUCGGCGCGUGUAAACUGGAUCACAAAUCUUGCGCUUCUCGACCCGGCGCAUCGCGAUGAGUGGCGCAGACUGAUGUCGCCUGAAGAAGUAGGGGUCAUUAUGCGGAGUUUGAAGGCAGAUUUCAAGUUUCCGAUGGUGUACCCAGACAGGAUCUCGGUCUACCACAAACUACGGUCUAGGCCGAACGAUAAUCCUCCACCUAAAUCCUUCUUUCUUGACUGCAUCGUUAUUUCGCACCAACAUAGACGGGUAACUGCUAGGCUAGAGGAGGACAUUGUCAUUUACAAUUAUAAGGCGGCUGAGAAAGCCAGUAUGCCGGGGUUCAUGCUGGCCCGGUUCGAAGAGACGUGGCAAUUGCAGGAAAAGGAAACGAACAGGGCGAGGAUGAGAAUAUGGGAACUAAUAAGGUCUGUCGAGGCGUUGGAAAAGGAGACAUGGGAUAGACCUGAUGCUGUUGAAGACUUGGGCAGCGCGAGGAGUAGCUCUUGAAAUAUCUUCUUCAUCCCCUCGGAUUCACCCGCCUCGCGGUUAUGAAUCGAAAUACUGAGAUCUUGAUGCCGACUCUGACGAUAGAGCU